CAGCAAAGACAGUGUAUUUGGAUUACAUCACAUUAUCAGAGCGAAGAAGAAGCAGCAGCAGCAGCUAGUAGCAUCAGUAGAGAAGCAGAGUCAGGGCUCGGGGCUCGAUGAUCGCAGCUCAACACAUCAUUCAGGCAGCAAAAUAAGUGACGCUCCAUAUUGCAAUGGUUACACGGUCGAUCUGGUCUUUCACUGUAGACACACCGGAGCUGCAAUGAAGGCAGGGGCCUCGUCUAUGUGGGCUUCAUGCUGUGGUUUGCUGAAUGAAGUCAUGGGUACUGGGGCAGUAAGAGGCCAGCAGCCAGGGUUUGGGGCCGGCGCUGGACCCUUCAGAUUUGCCCCCAGUGCAGGAUACUCUACAUAUCCGCCCACCAGCUCAGGGAGUCCAGGCCUUGUUUGCAAGGCAUGUGGUCAGGCCUUCUCUGUCUUCAGGAGGAAGUACAUUUGCUGCGACUGCAAAAAGAGCUUCUGCUCUCUUUGCUCCGUGCUUCAGGAGAAUCUGCGCAUUUGUGCAACAUGUCAUUUGUUAAAGGCGACAGCCUUCCAGCGACCGCGGCUGAUGCGCCUACGAGUCAGGGACCUGCGUCAGUACUUGCUGCUCCGCAACAUCCCCACCGAUACCUGCAGGGAAAAGGAAGACCUGGUGGACUUGGUGCUCUGUCAUCGAGGCAUCGAGGAAGAGGAGGACCACCACGACACGAGCAGCCUCCGCUCACGUUCCAUGUACACACCGACCCCCUCUACCACACAGUCUGCCUCAGAGCUGUCUGCUUUCGUUGCUUCUCAGGAGGAGCGGCUCAGCAGGAGUGACAGCUCUGAUACCAACCAGGAAGGUGAUGCCACAUCUGUGUCUCUCCUCAACCUGGACCCCAGUGAUCACACUCCUGAGGUCAGUCCUCAGACGCGACGUCGGGCCAGAGCAUCUCUCUCAGACCUCUCCAGCUUGAGGGACAUCGAGGACCUAUCAGUCAGGCAGCUGAAGGAGAUCCUGGCUCGAAACUUUGUCAACUAUUCAGGGUGUUGUGAGAAGUGGGAGCUGGUUGAGCGCGUCAGCAGAUUGUACAGAGAGACAGAGGAAAACAGGAAAUCAAUGGAAAAUGUGAGCAGUACUGUAACCACAGUGGUGGCUCUCCCUCCCUCCCCUCCCAUCUGCAAUGGAGCAAUCGGAGAGGUUGAAAAGGGCCCGCUGACGAUCCACGACGAGAACCUCUGCAGGAUCUGCAUGGACGCUAUGAUCGACUGCGUUCUCCUAGAGUGUGGUCACAUGGUCACCUGCACAAAGUGCGGCAAGAGGAUGAACGAGUGUCCCAUCUGCAGGCAGUACGUCGUGAGGGCCGUGCACGUUUUUAAGUCCUAAUACACCACUGCAUCACUGCGGCUCAGGCCGAGCCUGUACCUUAAAUCAACCAUGCAGCUCAUCACCUUUGGAUCCACUAAAUACUGCUCAAGUGGAUUCUCCAUGUUUGUAUUUCUAAGAUUCUCACAUUAUUUGCACAUUGAAAUAUUAGGAAUUUGUUUCUCUUAAGAAUUUGACUCCUCAGUUUCACCAGUGAGCAGAGUGUAGGAGCGGACCCUCCUAUGAGUCAUUCCUCAAGUAAACAUAUCUGUGUUCAUUCCUAAGUGUCUGUUUUGCUUUUUCUUACAAUUUUCUAAAACAAAGAAUGUGAGGCACUCAGCCAGUCCUGUUCAACACAACUGUUCACCCUCAGAUCUGCCUAUAAACUGUAGCUGGCUCUCGGCUCUACUGGGGAUUCUCCGGACGCACCUCUCUUUACAACUGCUGCAAGAGACUACAUAUCUUAGUAACAGAGAGGACAGACACACACUGACGCUCGCCACAGGAGAGAGGUUCACAGUGAACUAUGUGCCAAAUAAUGGGUCAUGCCCUCAUGCUCUUUGCCCAUUUUUUCCCCCUUCGACUGUAUGGGCCGGUGUGUGUCUGUCCAUUCUACAGCAUAUUUUAACAGAAAGCACUUUGUUCACACUGUGUUUUAAUUCACCACUUCUCACAACCCACUGCAAACCACAACAGUCAGACGGCUGAGGUAGCAUGUGAUGAAUAUUUAAGCUUCACUGAUGGAUUUUGAAAGGAAGGUCAUUUUAUUUUGGUCAGAAGGGAAAAAAAAUUGAAAUAACUGAGCUUGAUAUCGGUGAUUUAUGAAGUUGAUCUGUUUGAUUAUUUUACUUACCUUGCUAUUAAUGCUCCUUAUGUAAGGCAUUAAAAAAUCUUAAUGGUCAUACAAAGUCUGUCAUUACAGCAAUAGCUAUACUCCGCUGUCACCUCGGUCCUGUCUCAGCACUGAAGUGGAGACAGAAGACAAAAACUGGUGCUAACUCAUCCCACCAUCUUCCCUGACUUCAACUGAACUGUGGAUGUGAAACUCUGAAUGUUUUUGUUUUUGUAGUCGUAUAUCGUUGAAGGUGGAAUGAAGUGUCUUAAUGCAUUUUAGUUGAUUUUCUCCCAUGUAGGAGUAAUGUAUUGAUCUAACUAUUCAAAACUAUAGCUACAAGUUUACUGACACCUGUGGAAUAGAAGACAUAGAGAAAUAAUGACAUGCUAAUGUACAUUUGCAUAUAUUGAUCAUAUGAGAUGUAUAUAUCUAUAUUUUUUUCCAUUUGAUUUUAAUUAUGUAAAAUGAGAUUAUGAAAGUAACCCUGGUGCUGGGUUAGUUUAUAAUUGCAGGAUUAUGUUUUCCUGUCAAGUGGUUUGAAACUUGUUAAUUCUGCAUUGAUCUGCUUGAACUUCUGUUCCUCUAAUAUCAGAGCAUGAAAAAAAACCUUGAUGACUGGUUAUGGUAAUUCCCAUCUCCUCCUCCUUCACUCAAUUUCCUGGUUUUCUUUUCCACUAAUCCUGCAUAUUUAGAAGUUUCCAGCUCUCUGCUGUACUCACACAAAGUCAACAUUGCUGCUAAUACAGUAAAGACAUCCCAACUUUCAUGAACAGGAGAGGAGCAGAUCUGCACUUUUCCUUUGAAGGAGGUGUUAAUGUGUGCAAGGUUUGGUCUUUGUAUUUGGGAAUGUUAAACUUUUUAUUUUGGUAAUUAAAGAUUUUAAUUAAA